GACUCUUGCUAGCAUACCUAGCUGAAGGUAACCGUGAAGCGACGGAUAUUGACAUCCUCUCUCUAUCUCUCCCAAUUACAAUAAUCAAAACGGUGUGCUAAUAUACAAUAUCAUCAAAAUUACAUCAUCUCAUCUCUUUGGGUACGUAUUAUAUGUAUGUAUAAUUAAACAAGUAAAUCAAUGAAUGAUAUUUUAAAACUUAUUACGGUCUCCACUUGUGUUGAAAAUUUGGAAUGUUGAUUACAAAAGUGUGUAACUUGCUAUUCAUAUUCUAAAUGUUAUGCUAUAGAGUUAGUCAAAUGUCAUUUAAACAUAAAUGUUAAAUGUGUGGUGUGAAAUUACAUUGUAUAUUCCAUGAAGCUCCUCACAUGACUUCUAUUCCUCUUAUGCCACGUUCCAUAUAUAUGAGUUUCUUUCCCUACUAGACUUUUGUAGUUCUUUUCUUUUGGUCUUUUUUCUUUUUCUAAUUUUUUUUUUAUUAUGCUUUUACUUCUUCGAACCCUAAAACAAGUAAUACAAUUUCUUUUAAGUUGGACCGAGAUUUGAUGCAAUUAUUGCAUGAUUAAAAUUGAACAAUUUCUAUUUUAAACUUGAUAAUUUUAUUUUAAAAAAAAAUAUAAAAUUUGUUUGGAAUCUAACACGUCUGAUCAAGAUCAAACGAUCGCGCAGUUUGUGACGGCCGCAGAUCCAUUUUUCGCAUGCUUGUGUUUAAGAAGAGGCCAACCUAAUCAUAGUUGUGGUGCAAGUGUAGUACAAACGCGGCAAUAAACAAAUUCUUAAAAAAAGUCAAAGUUGUAGUACAAAAUAAUACAACGUACUACAAUGUAGUGGAAUAUUACUGUUGUACUAAUUCAUUCAUGUAGUAGUACUAUUUAUUUCCAUAUUAGUUAAUUAAUCAUCAUCAAAUAACUAUUGGUACUAUAUACACAUGCAAAUGAAUACUACAAAAAAAUAAUUUGUAAAUAAGUACACAUAUAUACCAUCAAUAACAGACAGAAGACAGAAGAAUAGUACAUUACAAAAUAUUACUAGCUUAGUACAAUAUUUCAUACAUGGCUUCCUCCAAAACCAAAACCCUAAAGUCAACGUUCCUUCUUUUAUGUCUCUUAGCCUCCUUCAUCUAUCCAAUCAAUUCCCAUGGAGGAGGACAUGAUGAUUCUGACACCGACCAUGACUCUUCCGAUUCCGAUUCCGACAACAUAAACUUACGUUCAAAGAGUUUAAUCCUUGUUAAAAUAUGGUGUUUAAUCAUCUUAUUUGUAUCCACUUUCAUAGGUGGUGUGUCUCCUUAUUAUUUCCGAUGGAAUGAAGUUUUUCUUCUCUUAGGGACACAAUUUGCUGCUGGUGUUUUUCUUGGAACAUCUAUGAUGCAUUUUUUAAGUGAUUCAAAUGAAACUUUUGGAGAUCUUACAACAAAAACUUAUCCUUUUGCUUUCAUGUUGGCAUGUUCCGGAUAUCUUUUAACGAUGUUUGGUGAUUGUGUGGUGGUUUAUGUGACAAGUAAUAGUCAAAGGGAAGCUAAAGUUGAGGAACUUGAAGGUGGAAGAACACCUCAUGAAGGAGAUGGAACUAAUGAGUUGGCUAUGGAUGAGAGUAACGUUGCAUUCAUGAAGACUACUAAUCUUGGAGAUACUAUUUUGCUUAUUCUUGCACUUUGUUUUCAUUCGGUUUUUGAAGGCAUAGCUGUUGGAGUUUCAGGUACUAAAGCGGAAGCAUGGAGGAAUUUAUGGACAAUAUCAUUACACAAAAUAUUUGCUGCAAUAGCAAUGGGAAUUGCAUUACUUAGAUUGUUACCAAAAAGACCAUUAGUAACAACAGCAGCAUAUUCAUUUGCAUUUGGUAUCUCAAGUCCAAUUGGUGUUGGAAUUGGAAUUGCAAUUGAUGCAACAACAGAAGGAAAAACAGCAGAUUGGAUGUAUGCAAUAUCAAUGGGAAUUGCUUGUGGUGUUUUUGUCUAUGUUGCUAUCAAUCAUUUAAUGUCUAAAGGCUUCAAACCUCAAAGGAAGAGCAAUUUUGACACUCCUUGGUUUAAGUUUCUUGCUGUUGUUUUUGGUGUUGCUGUUAUUGCAGUUGUCAUGAUUUGGGAUUAAUGAUUAUAUUAUCAUUAUCUUUAUGUUUUUCUAUGAUUGAUCAUAUUGUUUGAUUUUCUAUAUACAAUAUUGUAUGUGUGUGUAUAUUUGACAAUGUUUGGAACUUUCUUUAAUUUUUCUUUAUGGAACUAUAUGGAAGCCAAUGUGUUUGGAAUUUCUUUGUAUAAUAAAUCCCUCAAAUUUCAUGUUAUA